CCACAUUUAUACCAAGAAUCGAUGACUUCUGGUCUAAAGAGUAAGGUGGAACUGCUCAGGCACCAAGAUUUAAAAUAGAAUUCAAGGAUCAAGUCAUGGGUGGAUAAGAUGCAAGAAGACCUUGUCACACUGGCAAAAACCGCAAGUGGAGUCAAUCAGCUUGUUGAUAUUUAUCAGAAGUAUCAAGAUUUGUAUACUGUGGAACCAAAUAAUGCACGGCAACUGGUAGAAAUUGCAGCCAGGGAUAUUGAGAAACUUCUAAGCAACAGAUCUAAAGCCCUGGUGCGUUUGGCUUUGGAAGCAGAGAAGGUUCAAGCCGCCCACCAGUGGAGAGAGGAUUUCGCGAGCAAUGAAGUUGUCUACUACAAUGCAAAGGAUGAUCUUGAUCCUGAAAAAAAUGAGAGUGAGCCAGGCAGCCAAAGGAUAAAACCUGUUUUUAUCGACGAUGCUAAUUUUGGACGGCAGGUAUCCUACCAACACGCAGCAGUCCAUAUCCCCACUGACAUCUACGAGGGCUCAACAAUUGUGUUAAAUGAACUCAACUGGACAAGUGCCUUAGAUGAAGUUUUCAAAAAAAAUCGAGAAGAAGAUCCUUCAUUGUUGUGGCAGGUGUUCGGCAGUGCCACAGGCCUGGCCCGAUACUAUCCCGCUUCUCCAUGGGUUGACAACAGUAGAACUCCAAACAAGAUUGAUCUUUAUGAUGUACGCAGAAGACCCUGGUACAUCCAAGGAGCUGCAUCACCUAAAGACAUGCUUAUUCUGGUUGAUGUGAGUGGAAGUGUUAGUGGGUUGACACUUAAAUUGAUUCGCACAUCUGUCUCGGAAAUGUUGGAAACUCUCUCAGAUGACGAUUUCGUGAAUGUAGCUUCAUUUAACAGCAAUGCCCAGGAUGUGAGCUGUUUUCAGCACCUUGUCCAAGCCAAUGUAAGAAAUAAGAAAGUGCUGAAAGAUGCAGUGAAUAACAUCACAGCAAAAGGAAUCACAGACUAUAAGAAAGGCUUUAGUUUUGCGUUUGAACAGCUGCUUAAUUAUAAUGUUUCUAGAGCCAACUGCAAUAAGAUUAUCAUGCUGUUCACGGAUGGAGGCGAAGAGAGAGCCCAGGAGAUAUUUGCCAAAUACAACAAAGACAAAAAAGUACGUGUAUUCACAUUUUCAGUUGGCCAACACAAUUAUGAUAGAGGACCUAUUCAGUGGAUGGCCUGUGAAAAUAAAGGUUAUUAUUAUGAAAUUCCUUCCAUUGGAGCAAUAAGAAUCAAUACUCAGGAAUACUUGGAUGUUCUGGGAAGACCAAUGGUCUUAGCAGGAGACAAAGCAAAGCAAGUCCAGUGGACAAAUGUGUAUCUAGAUGCACUGGAACUAGGACUUGUCAUUACUGGAACUCUUCCGGUCUUCAACAUAACUGGCCAAGUUGAAAAUAAGACAAACUUAAAGAACCAGCUGAUUCUUGGUGUGAUGGGGGUUGAUGUGUCGUUGGAAGAUAUUAAACGACUGACACCACGUUUCACACUGUGCCCCAAUGGCUAUUAUUUUGCAAUUGAUCCUAAUGGUUAUGUUUUAUUACAUCCAAAUCUACAGCCAAAGAACCCCAAAUCUCAGGAGCCAGUAACUUUGGAUUUCCUUGAUGCCGAGUUAGAGAAUGACAUUAAGGUGGAGAUUCGAAAUAAAAUGAUUGAUGGAGAAAGUGGAGAAAAAACAUUUAGAACUCUGGUUAAAUCUCAAGAUGAGAGAUAUAUUGACAAAGGGAACAGGACAUACACAUGGACUCCUGUGAAUGGUACAGAUUACAGUUUGGCCUUGGUAUUACCAACCUACAGUUUUUACUAUAUAAAAGCCAAAAUAGAAGAGACAAUAACUCAGGCCAGAUCAAAAAAGGGCAAAAUGAAGGAUUCAGAAACACUGAAGCCUGAUAAUUUUGAGGAAUCUGGCUACACAUUCAUAGCACCCAGAGAUUACUGCAAUGACCUUAAGAUAUCAGAUAAUAACACCGAAUUUCUUUUAAAUUUCAAUGAGUUUAUUGACAGAAAAACGCCAAACAACCCAUCCUGUAACACGGAUUUGAUUAACAGAGUCUUGCUGGAUGCAGGCUUCACAAAUGAACUUGUCCAAAAUUACUGGAGUAAGCAGAAAAACAUCAAGGGAGUGAAAGCACGGUUCGUUGUGACUGAUGGUGGGAUUACGAGAGUUUAUCCCAAAGAGGCUGGAGAAAACUGGCAAGAAAAUCCAGAAACAUAUGAGGAUAGCUUCUAUAAAAGGAGUCUCGAUAAUGACAACUAUGUUUUUACUGCUCCCUACUUUAAUAAAAGCGGACCUGGUGCUUAUGAAUCCGGAAUUAUGGUAAGCAAAGCUGUAGAAAUCUAUAUCCAAGGAAAACUUCUUAAGCCUGCAGUUGUUGGAAUUAAAAUUGAUGUAAAUUCUUGGAUAGAGAAUUUCACCAAAACAUCCAUCAGGGAUCCGUGUGCUGGACCAGUCUGUGACUGCAAAAGAAAUAGUGAUGUAAUGGAUUGCGUGAUUCUAGAUGAUGGUGGGUUUCUUUUAAUGGCAAACCAUGAUGAUUAUACUAACCAGAUUGGAAGAUUUUUUGGAGAGAUUGAUCCAAGUUUGAUGCGACACCUGGUCAAUAUAUCGGUUUAUGCUUUCAACAAAUCUUACGACUAUCAGUCAGUGUGUGAGCCUGGCGCUGCGCCAAAACAAGGAGCAGGGCGCCGCUCGGCAUACGUGCCAUCGAUAGCAGACAUAUUACACAUUGGCUGGUGGGCCACUGCAGCUGCCUGGUCUAUUCUACAGCAGUUUCUCCUGAGUUUGACCUUUCCACGGCUUCUUGAGGCCGUUGAGAUGGAAGACGAUGACUUUACAGCCUCUCUGUCAAAGCAGAGUUGCAUCACUGAACAAACCCAGUAUUUCUUCGAAAAUGAUAGUAAAUCAUUCAGUGGUGUGCUAGACUGUGGAAACUGUUCCAGAAUCUUUCAUGUAGAAAAACUUAUGAACACCAACUUAGUAUUCAUUAUGGUUGAGAGCAAAGGGACCUGUCCCUGUGACACACGACUGCUCAUACAAGCAGAGCAGACUUCUGAUGGUCCCGACCCUUGUGACAUGGUGAAGCAACCCAGAUAUCGCAAAGGGCCUGAUGUCUGCUUUGACAACAAUGUCUUGGAGGAUUAUACUGACUGCGGUGGUGUUUCUGGAUUGAAUCCCUCCCUGUGGUCCAUCAUUGGAGUCCAGUUUGUACUACUUUGGCUUUUAUCUGGCAGCAGACAUUGCCAGUUAUGACCUUCUAAAACUAAAUCUGCAUUAUUAAACUCCAGACCCUGCCAGACCAAGAGCCCUCAGUUGCAUUAAAAUAGGGUCAACUGUGGAAUCAGCAGAACUCUAGCUGGGCCCAUCCCAUGGCAUAAAUCUAAGGCGCCGACUCAUAGGACACCCACUGGCUGCAUGUCAGGGUAUCAGAUCCUUGAACUUGUGUGAAUGCUGCAUCAUCUAUGUAUAACAUCAAAGCAAAAUUCUAUACAUGCUCUGUUGGAAAAUUUGAGAGUUUGUUGUUGCGUUGUUGGCGAUUACAUGUAAAAGGGCUCCCCAUACUGUUUAUCAAUCAUACAAAUUGUCUUGACCUUGACAAGGAAUUUUAACCUGCUUCAAUUCUUGUUCUUUUACCAAGCAAAUCUCUAGAGGAAAAAACGGGCGUUAUUUUUGCCUUCCCAUAUUGUUCUGUUAAAAAUUAUUUCCUCCUUUGAGUAGUGAUUAUUGAAAGAGAGAGAGAGACAGAGAGAGAGAGAGAGAGAGAGAGACA